AUGGCGGCUCCGGUAACAUGGCUGUGUCUGCUGGCUAACUUGUGUCUCUUGUUUCUUCACGUCCUGGCCGGGAGAGACUUCUAUGCAGUGCUCGGAGUGUCCAGAUCAGCUGAUACCUACCAGAUCAAACGAGCCUACAGGAAGCUAGCUAAAGAAUUACACCCAGAUAAAAAUCAAGAUGAUCCGGAGGCAGAAGCCAGGUUCCAGAAUCUAGGGGCUGCCUAUGAGGUUUUAUCAGACAAAGAGAAGCGAAAGAUUUAUGACAAACAUGGAGAAGAAGGACUUAAACAAGGGGAUAUGAGAGGGGAUCCAUUUACAAGUUUUUUUGGUGGAGAUUUCGGGUUUGGCUUUGGUGGAGUCCGAGAGCAAGACCGAGAAAUUCCUCGUGGUGGGGAUGUGGUUCUAGAUCUUGAUGUGACCUUGGAGGAAUUGUACAAUGGCAACUUUGUCGAGGUGCUCCGCUAUAAACCUGUUGCUAAAGCAGCCAAAGGGAAGCGAAAGUGCAACUGUCGUACAGAAAUGGUGACUCAGCAGCUAGGUCCUGGCAGGUUCUCUAUGACACAGCAGCAAGUCUGUGAUGAGUGUCCAAAUAUACGGUUUGUUCCAGAGGAGAAGCUGCUUGAGAUAGAGAUUGAGCCAGGAAUGAGAGAUGACCAGGAGUACCCAUUUGUAGCUGAAGGUGAGCCUCACAUUGAUGGGGAACCCGGGGAUCUCAGAUUCAGGAUACAACAAACCAAGCAUGCCAGGUUUGAGAGGCGAGGUGACGACCUGUAUACUAAUGUGACAGUGACCUUGGCUGAUGCUCUGACAGGAUUUGAAAUGGACAUCAAACAUUUGGAUGGACACAUGGUACAUAUUGUACGGGACAAGAUCACAUGGCCAGGUGCCAGAAUGAGAAAACCCAUGGAAGGAAUGCCAAACUAUGAGAACAACAAUGUGAAAGGCUCUCUGUACAUUACAUUCGACAUUGACUUCCCCAAGGGAGUUCUAACAGAAGAAGAUAAGAAAGGUAUCAAGGAAAUACUGAAACAAGAAAGCAAACAGGCCGUCUACAAUGGUUUACAAGGAUACUGA